AUGGCCACACCGAGGCUGCCGUUCCUGUAUCCAAAUUUGAUGCGCGCGGUGCGAUCAUGUGAACCGAGAACAUACCGCUCACUUAGGAUCCCAUACCGGCCCACCCAACGCUUCCACACGAGCCAACAACGGGAGCGCGAUUCCUACCAGCGACGAUAUGGUCCAGCUGUCGAACCGAGUACUGCUCCUUCGUUGCGUCCGAAGAAGGGCUCCCGCGAUCAGGUCCAGGAGGUGCCAGAGGAUCCAUUGACUGAACAUGAGGCUGUAAAUGCCUCCGAGCAGGAGGAAGCUUCCCCGGAAGAGUCACAGUCGGAACCGCCACAGGAGGCCGAGCCGGACACCACAGAUGUCGCUUCUUCGGAAACCCCAGCCUUAGAUCAACAAGCGGAAGCUCAAGCUGGCGCUGAAAGGAAGGAAGAUAACCCCCCGACGGACCGGGAACCGCACGAGGAGCAGGCAAAGGAUAUAGAUGGCGCCGAACAGGACCAGGCUUCGGCUUCUUCGCCCCCUCCUUCCGAAGGCACAUCGGAAGAAAGUACAGAUACAUCUUCGUUCACAAGCCAAACUCCGUUCGAUGAUGUCCUCCACAUGCCCUCGCCGUCUGUGUACCUAACCCCAACCGGGGAAGCUUCCUCGUCCGAGGAUCGCCCGCCACACUUGUCCCCAGCGCCGUAUGUACACCCUUUCGACACAUAUUCGUUGGUACAGGAUCUAUCCAAAGGAGGAUACAGUGAAGAACAGUCUACUACAAUCAUGAAGGCUGUGCGGGCUAUCCUACAGAACAACCUCUCCCUUGCUAGGGAGAGCCUUACUUCGAAGUCCGAUGUCGAGAAUGAGGAAUACCUAUUCAAAGCAGCUUGUUCUGAGCUUCAAUCAUCACUCCAGACAGCUCGCAACUCGGAAAUACAGCAUCAGCGCUCAUCGCGCACGCAAUUGCAGCAUGAAACGGAUAUAAUCUCGCAGCGUCUCAGCCAGGAACUUGCAGGCAUGAAGGAUGACAUUAAGGGCAUGUUCAAUGAUCACAAGAUGACCACGCGGGAGCAGCAGCGGAGCAUCGAUACCUCGGUUCAGGAAUUAAACUACAAGAUCACCGUGUCGCUGAACAGCGAUGGAAAGAGUGAAAUUGAAGGUCUUCGAUGGAUUUUGACCAGACGUGCCGCUUUGACGAUUGCCAUCUGUGCUUUCAUGAUCAUUGUGUUCUUGAAGUAUGCUUCUACACGCAAGACGCCUGAGCCGAAGCAAGCCAAGCAAGUGGAGAAGCCGGCCGUCACCAAAGAAAUCACCACUGAAACCCGAGUCGUACGGGAUGGUGGCAUUCAGACAGCCGUUCCGUCUGCUGAAGCGCAUCUCGGCGAAUCUCUCGGUUGA